GAUCAGGCCGCUGUAGGAACUGCAGGUAUCUUCGUGCGCUCAGUGAGCGGCUGCAGCUGGAGGAGACAAUAACAGCGACGCGUGCACAGUUUCCUCCUUUGGACUUUCUAUGGACCAGCAGCACGAUUUAUUAAACUCCUCGCCCAAUAACCACAUGGCUCACUACAACUCUAGCGAUACCAUGGCAACCUCCCUUUCUGGAAUGACCAUCAAUGAUCAUCACCAUGGCAAUCAGUUCCAUAAGGAGAAUGGAAUUGCGGUGGGGCUCGUGAGACCAGGGGACUGCCCAAUGAAAGCAGAGUUUUCAGAAGAACGGGUGGAUGUUGAGCUCAGUAAUGCUGAAUGCAUCUCCUCUGCUGAGGAGAAGCAGUGUGAGAGCCCCCAAGAUUCAAGACAGGAAGAGAGAGAUCAGUCCCAGUCUGCUGUGGAAGUGGCGGGCGCUGGAGGAAUGGCACCCACAGCUUUAGCAGCAGGGUUUUCACAAGAUGGUUCUGAUCAACACUCGGACUGGAGCUGUGUAGACCACCAGAGAAUACUAGAGCAGGACCAAGACCUCCUCAGAAGCAGCUGGUCUGGACGACCGUCCCAUUCCCAUCAUCGAAGGACAUCCGUCAGUCCAGACCGCACCAGGAGCCUCUCUUUGGAGAAUGAGCCACCUGUGACUUUCCUGGUCCGCAGCGCUGCCCUGGAAGACCUGACAUCUGUUGGGGAGAGGAUUGUAGAAGCCAGGGCUCCUUACAGCGAGACCCUUCAGGAAGAGGAAGAAAUGUCUUUUUACAGCAAUGAGAGCCAUGUCAAAGAAGAAAAUCUUCCGGCAUGGGCUCAGACAACUCUCACUGAAUAUACACCUUCUGAAACCAAAGAACAUAGUUUUACAAAAACUCUACCUCAUGAACCCAUGGAAGCAAUGGGCAAAGUGCAGGAGAAAGUUGAUGCUGCGUUUUCAGGGGGUAAUCACAACGUUAUAGUUCCCGCCAAAGAUGCAGAGACCAAAAAGACAGAAGCCACUCCUUCCUCUACAAGCACAAUUGGCUCUUCAAAAGGUGUCCACGUCUCCCCGGCAAGAAAAUCCCUGGUGCCGGUGGCUCAGUUCAAAGCUCAGUCCAAGACCAAUGGUGAUGCAGAGAAGAGGGCUAGCAGUAGACCUCAUGCUGCCGGUUCAAAGAUUCCUGCCAUGUCUGCAGUUGCCAAAAACGGAAAAGACUCUCCAAAGACCCCGGAGACCAGUGGGCACAGCAGCCCCGGGAUUCUCAAAUCCCCUGCCAGCAAUGCUGCGGGAGGCAGGUCUCCAAGCACAGGAAAUGAAAUCAAGAAGGUCGCAGUAAUUCGCUCGACCCCUAAGUCUCCGAAGAACCGCUCACCCACUUCCCUUUCGGCCGCUGCCCCCCUCCCUGAUCUGAAGAACAUACGCUCCAAAGUCGGCUCCACUGACAACUUGAAGCACCAGCCUGGAGGCGGCCGGGUACAAAUUCUUGAUCAGAAGGUGGAUUUCAGUAAUGUUCAGUCUAAGUGUGGCUCCAAAGCAAACCUCAGGCAUGUACCAGGAGGUGGAAAUAUUCAAAUUCUCGAUCAGAAGUUGGACUUAAGUAAUGUGCAGUCUAGGUGUGGUUCCAAAGAUAAUAUGAAACAUGUACCCGGAGGUGGAAAAGUGCAAAUCCUCCACAAAAAGAUUGACCUGACCAAUGUGCAGUCAAAGUGUGGAUCGAAAGACAACAUUCGCCACAAACCAGGUGGAGGAAACAUUGAGAUCAGGUCUGAGAAGCUUGAAUUCAGGGCUCAGUCAAAGAUCGGAUCUAUGGACAACAUUAAACACACACCUGGAGGAGGCAGCAGGAGGAUUGAGUCACACAAACUGACGUUUCGUGAGCAGGCCAAAGCGCGAACCGACCAUGGUGCAGAAAUCGUGUCUCUAGAGGAGUCACCACAUGGCCUGAGCACCGUCUCUUCUUCUGGCAGUAUCAACAUGGCAGACCCCCCGCAGCUUUCCACCCUCGCUGACCAGGUGUCUGCAUCGCUGGCCAAGCAGGGCUUGUGAUUGGACCAUACUGCCACCAAACCCCGCCCCCUCCCGACCACAUACCUGAUGGUAUUCUAACCUCUCUCUGAAAGUCAUUUUGUGGCCCAGAAAACAACGCCAAGUAACUUUUAGCCCUCACUGUUCGACUUUGUAAUACUUAAGAUUCAUUAAAGGCCAAUGAAGCUGUUUGAACUGUGAAUUAUGUAGGAAUUUGCCUGUUCACUUGCCCUUGCUUUAAUGCAAUGCCCACGGUUGGAAUUAAAUAAUUGGUUGGAAUUAAAUAUAAUGGCUUUUAUUGACCAUUAUAUUUUUCCUUAGACAUGCUAUUUUUCGGUUACUAGUGGAUUUAGGACAGUUCAUACCGAACCCAUUUUCACUUUCAGAUAGGACUGUUCUCAUUUUUAAAUCAGGUUAAAUGUUAUGAAAACACUUUUUUUCUGUGUGCCUACAGUCUUAAAAUAUUGAUUUGAAUUAUGUCAGUGCUUCAUUGAAAAUGCCUCUCCUUUUUUUUUUUUGCUUGUUCCCGAAAUUGACAAUUAUCAAAACAUUGAACUUGCACUUUUAUUUUUUUUUACAUAAACAUAAAACAAAAUUAUCUUCCAACUGCAGCUACGUAUUUUAACCAAGAUGAACAUUUUCUGUUUUGUACAGUUUUAUUGGUGACACUACAAUGAGGUUCAAUUUGUUCAUGAAAUAACAACAGAUAAUACUUUUACAGCAUUUAUUAAUCUCGAUAAAUGUUCAUUUCUACAUAUACUAAUGCAUUAUAGCAUUUUUUUGUUAACAGCAAUAGGAAAUAAAUUGACCAGGAUUAAAAAUUGCUGUUAAAAAUGGCUUUUUUUUUAAUAUAGAUUGACUAGCGUUAUUGUAAAGUGUUAUUGUUUUAUUAAUGACAGGUUACAUGUGAGAAAUCUGGUUAUUCUUUGAAAUAUCUUGUGGAAACCUAUGCACCUGUAAACUUUCUCCAUAAUACUGCCAACAGUUCCUCUCAUUCUCAACAUCCAGCUCUAGUUGAGAAAGAAUUAAUGCGAUGCAUUGCCAAACUGUUCUUCUUUAGGCACACACUGUAUUAUAAAUUGGCCUACUACAUUUACAAUAUUGUGUAUUGUAUUCUUUACGAAAAGCAUCACUCGAGCACAAGCAUGCUGUUAAACUUUGAUCUGACCACAUCAUCCGCUUCCACUACAAUAGCUGUAAAAUCUUAUGUCAAGGUAUUCUGUUUUCCUGAAUGAUGAUGUAAUGAACUCAGCCAAUCAUAUGGCUUAAAUUCUCUCUCCUGCACUGCACUAUCGCAGAAUGUUUAAUAAGCUUUGAACCACUUCACACUAUCUUUGCUCCUUGCAUGCAUCUCAUGUAAGCAGCUCGAGAUACUGCGUUCACCUCCUACAAGCCUACAUGCGUAUAUCCCGUAAUGGCUGAUGUGCUAAUUAGGAAUCUUUGUAGAUAGUAGUGAAAAAGAGCACUACUCAGAUGGCAGCCCCUGUUUCUUUGUGUUGGAGAUGGAGACGUGUAUCUACCAUUAUAUUUAAUGUAUGCUUACUGUAUGUUUUUGACUGUAUGUUUAUAUGAGGAGAUUUAAAUAAUAAAAAUAAAAAAAAAACAGAUAAGUUCAGAAACCAUGCCUGCAACAUUUUAAUAUGCAUGCUGAGUUUAUACAUGGAUUGGCAACAUGUUUCUGAACGUUUUCUGACUAGGGAAGGUUGUGAGAGUUUAGACAGAGGAAAAUACUGUUUGUUAUGUUUGUAAUGUUGUGUUGAGGGGGGAACUGUGUUAAUCAGACGUAAAGAGGGAAGGAAAGUCAGUCGUUCCUAGGGUUUAAAUGUCUCACUCUGUAGCACACCUGUAACAUAGUUCUGGGUGCAGUUUUGCGAUCAUGUUGUCAUUGACUCCACACACCAUUUUUGCAGUUGUAAAUUUUAGCUUGGGAACGGUGGUUGUCAAUAUUGUUUGUGUGUUUUAUUAAUAACUGGUUUACAAUGAUUCUUGUUGAUGUUCACGUGAAUUUGGAAAUAAAGGAUAUUAACCAAU